AUGAGCGACAUCGAAUACCUCAAGGGUCUCGACGCUGUCCGUGAACGGGCGCACCUUGUUCUCGGCGCGGCGGAGAAGAAUCAAUUGCUUCAUUUUGACUAUGAUGCGUCAAAGAUGGGCGAUGUUGCUGAUUAUGUCGCUGGGGUGAUUUCGCGUGACUUUGGACCCGACAAGUACGACCAGAUCCCCCCACACGGUCGAUGGCAGCAUUUCGACGUGGGCGGCGUAUCCCGCGUAUCCAGCUUGAUCCAGCGUUGGGAGAGCCAAGGCUGGGAUCAGCUUGAAGUGACCCGUCGUUUGAUCGACCUUUUCUUUGUGGCGGUGCUGUUGGACGCUGGAGCUGGCGACGUGUGGAAGUUCCAGGAGCCCGGGGAGUGCGGGCCAGGCGUACGCAAAGUUGGUGGAGAUGUGGAGGUUGAGUUGGUGGAUGGCCAAGCCUUGGUGGCUCUUGAUGUCGAUACUUUCAAACGACACUUCCAGAUCACAGAGGAGAAUCCGCUCGUGGGAGCUGCAUCUCGAGUCGAACUGCUCCAGCGAGUGGGCUCGUCACUCAUGAAAUUGCCCGAUUACUUUGGUUCCCAGGGUCGACCGGGCCAGCUUGUCGAUUACCUGGUUCGACAAGCCGGUCCAUCCAAGAGUCUGGACUUCACCAUGCUCUGGAAAAUCCUCCAAGAAACUCUCCUCCCCGCUUGGCCCAGCAACCGCACUCGCAUCGCAGACAUUCCCAUCGGAGACGCCUGGCCUCUUCAAGUGCUAUCCAAUCUCAAUGGCAGCAAGGAUACUAGCACCCACAACAAUCAAACUCACCACAUUGCCCCAUUCCACAAGCUCACACAGUGGCUCGCCUACUCCCUCACAGUUCCCUUCAUGCGCGUCCUCGACAUGCAGUGGAAAAAUCUCGAAAAGGGUACCGGUCUUCCCGAGUAUCGCAACGGGGGGCUAUUCGUAGACUUGGGAGUUCUCAAGCUGAAACCACAGGCUUUGGACACCGGUCUGGCGUCUUCACGGGGUAAUCUCCCUAGUUUCGAAGCCACCAGCGAUGUGAUUGUGGAAUGGCGCGCGAUGACGGUAGCGCUGCUGGAUAAGCUACAUGAGUUGAUCAGUGCACGAUUUGCGGAUCAAGGGGUGACGUUGAGCAUGCCGCAGAUGCUGGAGGCUGGCUCAUGGAAAUCAGGGCGUGAAUUAGCGGCCCAGUAUCGUCCAGAGAGCAAGUCGAGUCCGAUCUUGAUUGAUGGAGAUGGGACUUUGUUCUAG